CCUGUCGCCGAUGACAUAGCAUUAUCAUCGGCCUCUGCCCUUGUCCACCGUCUUUUAAAACAACUGACGGUCUGAGAUUUACCUUCAACCACGCUCUAGUCUCAGCACAAUUCUAUAUUGCAGACCCUAAAAAACCCAAGUCCCACCAGCCAUGGGCAACGAUGGCGGAUCGAUCCCGACACGACGCGAGCUCGUCAAGUCUGCGGCUCGGAACCCUACUGUGAGCGAACUAAAAGCGACCGCACUUGAAUCGCUCAGCCAUGCUUGGGGCCAUGAUCCCCUCACUUCUGAGUCUCUUGAUCUGGAGAGCGCGGUUUCUGACUGGCGUGGCCGACUUUACAAUUACGAGUCGAUUCUCAAGGCUUUAAUGCCAUCCGACAACAGUACAACAUCUCCAGUACCCACCAAUGACGAAUUCACAAACUUAAGCAUUGCAUCGGCCGGCAUUAAAUCACUUCGCGACGUUGUGAAGCUCAAAUUCAAGCGCUAUAUUCCUCCCGGAACAAGAGAAAAGGAGAUAUGGGCAUGCCCAGUAUCGCUGAGGGAGCUGGGUCCUUCAACAAAAGCCGUGUACCUCGUGCCUUGUGGCCAUGUCUUUGCAGACGUCGCCAUGAAGCAGAUCCAAGAGGAAGCUUGCCCGGAAUGCAGCGAGCCGUUCAAGUCACGGGAUAUCAUUCCAAUUCUCCCGACCGAAAAGUCCGACGUAGAAAGAUUGACGACUAGGCUGAAUGGCCUGAAGGCCGUAGGACUGACACAUAGUCUGAAGAAAGACAAGGGCAUGGGGAAAAAGAAGCGCAAGGCCGAGGAGGCGGAUCGGGAACCGGCUGGUGAGGCUGACAAGGGAAAUUGUGUGAAACCAGAAAACGAAGAAGGUCCGGAGGCGCCGCCGAGGACCAACAAGUCCAGCCGCCUGAGCGGAAUCAACAACGCUUUGACUGCAUCACUCACUGCCAAGGUAUUGGCGGAACAGGAUGAACGAAAUAAACGGCGAAAGUUGGCUGCAGCGAAAUGAUGCAUAAACCUAGAUACUCAAGACUUCAUGGCCGUUUGUGAAUGCUUGAUACUGUUGACAUUUGCGUGCAUGCUUUCUCAAUUCCACCUGCUCGGGUUGGGAGCCCGUGACGAUUGAUCGAAACUGGAAUCAAAACUCAAUUGCG